UUUGCUUAUUUCAUUUGUUUGCAUUGUUGCAUAGAAAAAUUUUCAUGGCUUAUGUUUAGUGUAUUGUGUCAAGUGUCAUUUUAAAAGGAUUAUCAAGAAAAAGUCACCUAAGGAUCUUCUACUACAAAUAUAGGAUUACCAUCAAUUUGCAGCAACGGUGAUAUUGAAAAAAGGUAUUUGCUUCAUUCACAAUGGAUUUGAUAAAAAAGGAUUUAAUAGAAACGAUCACUAAAGAAUGUAAAAAAAGAGAUAUUGACGUAUCAAGUGAUUUAGUGUCCUUUCUAUUGUGCUUGACAUUAUUAAAUCCAGAAUAUUCAAUUGAAAAAAGUGAUGAGAGGGAAAUUUUAAAAGUUGUAUCAGUUUUGGUGAAAAAUUUACUAGACCAAAAUAAACCGCAUUUGGUCACUAUUAAAAUUCAACUUUAUUUCGCAAAACACUAUUUUGAUAGAGAUGAAAUUAUCAAAAAACACAGAUUACGACUUCAUGAGAAGACAGCUUCUCUUGUUAGGGAAAUUUGCGAAACAAAAAAAUUAGAUUCCGAUAGAGAUAUGGAAAAAUUGUAUCAAAAAAUUUUAGUGGUAAUUACUCUAUUGAGUGGCUUAGGAAAUCCAACAGUUCCUUCUGUUCUCAGAGAAGUGUCACUGGCCUUACAGAGUGUUUAUCAGCCUUCGGAAUUGUCGCGUUAUAUAACUUUACAAAAGGAAGAGAAAGAGGAGCAAUUGAUGGAAUUAAUGUGUAUUGUAGCGGGCAUUCGUCUCUUUAAUAGAGAUUGUGAACGAGGAGGAGAAGGAAUCGAUGAUUUGCCAAGUAUUUUACAAGAAGCUAUCAAAAAAACACAAUUAUCGAUUAUGGAACUUUUGGAACAACUUAUGCAACGAAUUUAUAAAUUUACUUCAGCUAUUGAAAAUAAUAUUCAAAUUGAAUUAUCUGAUGAUGAGGAAAUUUGUUCCGAUAAUGAUAAUAAAAAAUUAACUAAUUCAUUUACCAAUGAUGAUAUUCAGUGGUCCAUUCAAAUGCUUGCGGCUCUUCGUCAACAGGAAAUUUACAUCAGAAAAAUUUUGUGCGAUAUUGAAAAUUGUGAAAAUGAAUUAAAAAACAUUUUGGAACGAUUAAAAACACGAUUUAUUAAACUUCAUGAAACAGUUCGUUAUAGAACAGCAAUUCCAACAUCUCAGGUUUAUCCACAAUUUAUAGACUUGGCGGAUAUUUGGAUGAGUUUUCAGGACGAAGUGAUUGUGUUAAGUAAUAUUAAUCGUUUUCUUUGGCAAUUGCAAAGUCUUUAUGUAAAGAUUAUGAGUGUUUAUGAUGAAUGUCUUUUGAGUAAUAUGAUACAAGAUAUUCGAGUUUUAUCAGACGCUGAAAGAUUAGAAAAAUCCAUGGGCUACAUGAUAACCGAAUGUGGGGAAUGUGAACUUUUCUAUCCAAAUUCAACGAAAGAUUUUGAGAAAAUAAAUUUAGAGUUUCUUGGAUUUUGUACCUGGACAUUUGUACAAGGUAAAGGAUUUCUUUUACCCGGUAAUCCAAACAUUGGAGUUGCUAAAUGGAGAGGAAAAUAUUUUGCCUUCAGUUCUUUGAAAGCUGCUCGUAAAUUUGGAGAAAAUCCAAACAAGUGUUUAAUUGAAAUUUUGGAUUUUAUACGUAAACGUCCGGAAUAUGUUUAUCUUUUUCAAAUCUACAAUGAUGUGGAAGCUAUAAGAAAUCAAGAAAUAUUAACCGCAGAUAUUUCUCUAUUAACGGUCCAACAAGAUCAGGAAGUACAAACUGAAUUACAUAUCUUGCCAUCGCUCAUUGAUAAAAAUUAUUCAUCCAAUAUUUGGGAUUAUAGAAGAAAAGCUCUGAAAUUAGCGACAAUUUGUAAAUUAUCAACAAGAAGUACACAAACGCAAAAAUCGUAUUUUAGACGCGGAAUUGAGAGUCAAGUGGAACCACCUAAAAAUCAACAAGUUCAAACAAGAAAAGAAAACAGUACAAAUACAAAAAAAAUGCAAACUUAUAUUUUUGGUCUUCGUGGUCGACGCGAUAAUGCUCAGCAUGUUCUUACAAUAGUUGAAGACGAUCUUGAAAAAUGAUGGACUUUUUAUAACCGUUAAUCAUCAAUUUCAAAAAUCGUUCGAAAAAUGCCAAAUUUCAACUCCUUUCUCAAAAAAUUUUAAAACAAAAAAAAAUGUUAUUUUCAUAAAAAAGAAAUUCAGGUAAAAACGAAACACGAAUAAACGCACACUUAAAAAAAUGAAAGCAAUGACUUUAAUUAGACACAAAAAAUCAAUUACACUCAUGGAACAAUAUACAGAUUUGUAUUUUGUAUAAUGCAUAUUUUCUUCGUAAUGGAGAACAUAAAAAUUUUACAUGUUUAUUUUUUUUAUGACGCUAUGGUUACUAUGUAUUUAGAGUAAACAUAUUUCAUAUAUAAUAUGCAGUCAAGAAAAAAAAAAUUAAUUUUUUUUUUUGAUACACGUAUAAUAUACCAAAGAUUGAUAAAAUAUAAUGAUUACUUUUCUGUUCAUUUUUUUUUCUUUUUUUUUUUACUAGAAAUAUUGAUUUUUUUUUCAAAAACCCCUUUAUUUAUUUUGUGAUGGAAUAAAAUUUUUUUUUAAAUCAAAAGUGAUUCAAUAUUUGUUUCAUGCAUUUAUAUGUAAGAUUACAUAAAAAAAAGAAAUUAAAAAUGUCAUCAAUUCAUUUAAUUAAAAAAAAUUUGAUAAAAGGGUUUUAUGAAAAAAAAAAUUAUUUAAUUAUGCAUUAAUUGUUUAAAAUUUAUAAUCAAGAUGCCCAUGUGACAAUCACUGAAUCGAAUAUAGGCAAAACUUAAAGUUAAAUUUAUAUCCAAAACGACACAAGUUCUACACACGUGAAAAGUGCGAACAAAAAAAAAACUCGCACUUUUAAUUCGAUAAACAUUGUAUCGAUAAACAAUCACUUCAUGUACUAAGCCUUAAAUUCUUAGGUAAAUUUUUUUUUUUUUUUUUUU